AAAAAAAAAAAAAAAAAAAAAAAAAAAAGUUAUUUUUUAACUAUAUCACUUUAUUCGAGAGCGCAUCGUAACGUAUCGUAUCGUAUAGCAGUGUAAUAUAACAUAAUAUUAUAUAGCACGUACAUUUGCGUUCUAUAUUCUUUUCUUUUUUUGUUUUUGAUUUAAAAACAACAACACUACAUCAUGUCUGGACGUGGUAAAGGCGGCAAAGUCAAGGGGAAGGUCAAGUCUCGUUCUAACCGUGCCGGACUGCAAUUCCCCGUGGGACGUAUACAUAGACUGUUGCGUAAUGGAAAUUACGCGGAACGCGUUGGCGCCGGUGCACCUGUUUAUCUAGCCGCCGUUAUGGAGUACCUAGCCGCUGAAGUUCUAGAGUUGGCAGGAAACGCCGCUAGGGACAACAAGAAAACCAGAAUCAUACCUAGACAUCUUCAAUUGGCGAUAAGAAACGACGAGGAGUUAAACAAACUUCUCUCCGGUGUGACCAUCGCACAGGGCGGCGUGUUGCCGAACAUUCAAGCGGUGCUGUUGCCCAAAAAGACCGAGAAGAAGGCUUAAUUAAUUAGUUAGUAAUUAAUUAUACCUUUAUAAAAUACCUAAAACUGUAACACCGACGCUGCGUGGGCACGCGUUGCACGUCGCAAACCAUGAGCGAGCGAGUGAGCGCGCGCGCGCAUACAUAAAAAAAAUUUAAUAAAUAAAGCGCGUGCGUGAGUUGUUAGGUAAAUGGACAAAACAAAAGGCCCUUUUCAGGGCCGCAA